AGGUGUAUUUGAGUGCACGGAGGCAUGAACCGUCGGAUUCUCUAAUUGGAUUUGAUUAAAACACGAAUUCAAAUGUAGGAAUUUUCUUUUGUAAAUAUGCUUUAUUGUAUACUCACACUUAUAUUUGUAUUAGAGAAUGUGUUUUCAACACAUUCUCAAAGUUCUGUUAAUUUGCUGACUUUGGAAUCAUGUAACUAUGGAGAUACCGUCGAAAAUUUAUGUAGCAAGUGUGUAUGUACAAGUAAAGGGGUGUACCACUGCAAGGCGAGAGAUUGUGAUAAAGUCUCAGUAAUCUACUUAAAGAAACCAACAGCAUGUCAACCCAACGUUGUAUACAAGCAGGGCUUCACAAGUUGUAUAUGCUCAGCAGAAGGCAAAUGGCCUCACAAAGUCUGUUACGAUGUCUUCAGUCAUCUACCACUGGAAUCAAUAAAGAAAAAGACAUGUGAACCCCAAGGAUACGUCCAAAUUGAGUGCAAUAUAUGCAGAUGUAAUGAUAACGGGGAAGUAGAUUCUACACGAUGCACUAUCAAUGAAUGCGACGUAAAAAAGCCUCAUUUCAGGAAGAAUAACGAAGCAAACAAAAAUUUAUUUGGACAGUGCCUAGUAAAGAACUGGUAUUCUCUGGCGCCAUGCCAGUUUUGUUACUGCAUCGACACCAACAAGCUCAUGUGCAGCACCAGUGUUACACAAACUAAUAGACAAGGUCAAAUGAAUUUAGGGCCGACUACCUUAGUACACUGCGGAAUUGGACUUUUAAAGGAGAUUGCUGCCUUGGUCCCAAAUCACAGGUUGAGAAGUAUAUCAUCCAACGAAGAUGAAGUUUGGUCGAAUGGUGUGGACGUUAAAACUAGUCAAAAUACGGAGGUAACUACACAAUACGACCUAAAGGAGGUUGAAAGGAAGAUAAAUAAAGUUAAAGCAUUAACAGAAAAUAGAUCUGGACCAGUAGAUGAUCAGCUUCAGAUGGCUUAUUAUGAUGUUGAUGAUGCAGACGGUAAAGAAAACAAAAUGAACGCAGAUGAUAUGACAAUAGAUAUGGCAGCCACCUUUGAUGCUAAUAAUCGGAGACAUAGAAAACAUAACGGAGGACCGCUCAUGACAUAUAAUUAUGAUCAUUUGGAUGCAGCUAGGAAUUUUCUAAAAGUGAGACGAUCGCUGAAAUUAGUUGAAACCGGGAAGUGUAAGCUGGGGAGUGCUAUUAAUGUUAAAUGUAAUUUAUGUCAUUGUUUGAAGAAUGGCAAAAUGCUUUGUACUGACAAAAAAUGUGAUUGAAAAGCGCCUGUUUUUACUAAUAUACAUACAGUCAGAGGACA